AUGAGACGAGAACUCCUCUCGCGGGCCGUAACGACGGCACUUAUGCUGUCUGCUGCACUCGCCGACCCGACAUGGCCUUCCCCUAUCGACGACCUGGAGGAGAUCAUGUUUCAGCAGAGAAUAUUCAAGUCGCGUAACUUUGCAGACACCAUCUCUCCGUGCUCCAACGAAGCAUCUGGGCCAGGAAGGCAGGUAGCUGCUGAGUGGCUGAGGGUCGCAUUUCACGACAUGGCAACGGCAGAUGUUAGGACGGGCAAGGGAGGCCUGGAUGGCUCCCUGCAGUAUCAGCUCGACGAUGGGGAGAGUAAGGGGCCGGGAUUCAACUCCACUCUGAAGUUUUUCAAUGGCUAUCUCUCAAAGAAAACAAGCUUGUCCGACCUGAUUGCCCUUGGGGUGUACGCUUCGGUCCGGUCGUGUGGAGGUCCACGAAUACCCGUCAAGGCUGGGAGGGUGGACGCCCCAGGGCCCGGAAGAAUGGGAGUGCCUCAGCCGGAGCACUCGAUUGAGCAGUUCCGCCAGCAGUUCGAUCGCAUGGGAUUCACAGAAGAGGAGAUGAUUCAGGUCACUGCCUGUGGGCACACGUUGGGAGGCGUCCACGAUACCGAGUUCCCGGAGUUGGUUGAAGAAGGCGAAUCACCGUCCGACUCUACCGUUUCCGAAUUCGAUAUGAAGGUCAUAACUGAGUACCUCGACAACAACACGACGAACCCCCUCGUGGUGGGGCCAGCAGUUGGGCAGGGAAAAGACUCAGAUGCACGAAUAUUCAAUUCAGACGCCAACGUCACGGUGAAGGCUAUGGCCGACCCACAGAGGUUCCAGGAUGUCUGUCGCAAGGUCCUCCAGAAAAUGAUCGAGGUCGUUCCCGCGGGUGUCACGCUUUCUCCACCUAUUGAGCCCUACAUGGUCAAGCCGGUAGACCUGCGGCUUGCACUGGAACAGGCGGCGAGGCAUUUGCAACUAAUUGGUAACAUACGAGUGAAAACUACCAACCUAUCGCGCAAAGAGAUUGUAUGGAUGGAAAUUCUCUAUAAGAAUCGUAAUGGUGAACACGACUGUGGCAAGGGGUCUUGCGUGAUCAAUUCCACCAUCCACGGCAGUGGUUAUGGACUUGACGAUACCUUUGUCUUCUUCCCUAUUGACGCGACUAUUCCAAUCGACACGGGCAUCUCGUCGUUCGUCGUCGAUCUGAUCCUGACUAACGGCACAAGACUGCUCUUCGACAACAACGGCCAGGGAUAUCCAAUGCAGGACGCUGUCCUUCUACUCAGGCGUCAGACCUGCCUGCUGCAGUACACGGGAAAAAUAAAUGUCACAGCCGCCGUCCGCAACGACAGGAAAGACCUCCCAACGAAUCUCACAAUCUCGUACAAGGUGCCCCGGCCAGGCCUCCCAGUUGCCGGCCUCCAUGAGACGACUAUGUUCAUGACCAAAGGCGACUGCGUCGGCCCGUAUACGUUGUUCAACGCAGCUUGGACCAUUCCGGGGGGUGUUAGCUACUCAUCCAGGACCGACGUAAGCAACGGGGAAGGCGAGAGCCUCCUGGCGGAUGUGUUCACCUAUGGGGCGGAACUUCACGGCCAGUGUGAAGAAUAUUCCGCCCCACCAGCGUCCAUGUGCACGACCCUGGGCAUCACGGCGACUCCGUCGACUCUGUUCCCUCCCCCAAGUACAGCUGCCGGGAGCUUCAUCACACAACCGAGCGCCGCGCUGACUUCGACAACCCGUGUCAGCCCGGCGCCGACGGCUGGCGGCCACGAGUUCAGCAAGUCCAUUUUCCGCCCUGUAUCUGGGAGCAUCUGGGAAACAUUUAUGCAAUAUCUCAAGAGGAUCUGGUCGUCGAGAUUUACCUACGCUUGGUGA